AUGGCUGCUUCUUGGACGCCGGGAUGGAUACUUGAUUUUCUCAAGACACACAAACAGGGGACGCCGUUCACCAAACUCGCCGAGGAAGCGGCCAGGUCGCUCCAAUCUUCCGACGACCUCCGUGCGGUACUGGUUAACGUAUGCGCACUAGUCGACACCAAGACCAACCGGAUAAAACAACUAGGCCCGCGGGUGUCUGAGCCGCCGCUGGAGACGCGGAAGCGGCGGCGGUCGCAGGAGAACACGGACUCGCCGACACCGCUCCAGUGCGUGGACAAGCGACUGCGUGCGGCGGAGUUCGACGAGAACCAAGCGCCAGGGCUCAGCGCAGCUGAAGUGGAACGGCGUCCGCGGGAUGGCACGCUCGUUAUCGAAUGUAGCCGGGAAAGCCUCGCCGUCGUUCCCGACCGUUCCUCCUACGCCACUGUCGGUGAAGACACUACUGCCAGCUCCAUCCCCGUCUCACCUACCGAACCCCCCGCCGGCCUCGGCUCUAACGACCAGUAA